AAGCAGGAAAAGUUUUUUUCAGAGGAAAAUGCGGGGCUUGUCCUUCACCCUGACGUCAGAUCUUGCUUUAAUAAAACCCCCCGAGGGCUUCGGAGGAAGCCUAUCUGCGGCUCCUGAUGGGCAGGGCCAGUCUGGGCCCAGCUCCCCUGAGAGGUGGCCGGACCCUCUGGCUGAUCCGUGGAUGCCGGUGUCAUUGACUUCCAGGCAUGAGGUGGUUCCUGCCCUGGACGCUGGCGGCGGUGACAGCAGCGGUGGGCAGCGUCCUGGCCACGGCCCUCGCUCCGGCCCCCACAGCCAUGACCUUCACCCCGGCGCCGCUGGAAGACACAACGGCAAGCCCUCAAUUCUGCAAGUGGCCGUGUGAGUGCCCGCCAUCCCCACCCCACUGCCCACUGGGGGUCAGUCUGAUCACAGACGGCUGUGAGUGCUGCAAGAUAUGUGCCCAACAGCUUGGGGACAACUGCACAGAGGCUGCUGUCUGCGACCCCCACCGGGGCCUCUACUGCGACUACAGUGGGGACCGCCCGAGGUACGCAAUAGGAGUGUGUGCACAGGUGGUCGGCGUGGGCUGCAUGCUGGACGGGGUGCGCUACCUCAACGGGGAGUCCUUCCAGCCCAACUGCAAGUACAACUGCACUUGCAUCGACGGCGCGGUGGGCUGCACGCCCCUCUGCCUCAGCACUCGGCCCCCGCGCCUCUGGUGCCGCCGCCCACGGCGGGUGAACUUGAAGGACCAGUGCUGCGAGCAGUGGGUGUGCGAGGACGACGCCAGGAGGCCACGCAAGACCACGCUGCGGGACACCAGCGCCUCGGAGGCUGCAGGUGAAGUGGAGCUCUGGCACGGGAACUGCAUAGCCUACACAAGCCCCUGGAGCCCCUGCUCCACCACCUGUGGCCUGGGGGUGUCCACGCGGAUCUCCAACAUCAACCCCCGGUGCUGGCCCGAGCAGGAGAGUCGCCUCUGCAACCUGCGGCCGUGUGACGUGGACAUCCGUCUGCACAUCAAGGCAGGGAAGAAGUGUCUGGCCGUGUACCAGCCAGAGACGCCCAUGAACUUCACCCUCGCAGGCUGCGUCAGCACACACUCCUACCGACCCAAGUACUGUGGGGUCUGCAUGGACAACAGGUGCUGCAUCCCCUACAAGUCCAAGACCAUUGAUGUCUCUUUCCAGUGUCCAGAGGGGCCUGGCUUCUCCCGCCAGGUCCUGUGGAUCAACGCCUGCUUCUGCAACCUCACCUGCAGGAAUCCUAAUGAUAUCUUUGCUGACUUGGAAUCCUACCCUGAAUUCUCAGAAAUCGCCAAUUAGGUGCACAUCAUGGAUCUGGGGGUCUGGCUCAGCGAUGGCAAAGCAGCUGGCCCCUCUGGGGCCAAGAACUUCACAACUGAGCCAUCAGAUUUUGUCUAUUUCUUCCUCACUUCUAAUUACCCUGAUCUGGACUCUUCUUGUCUUCCACUACCCAAAUGACCCAUGAUGGUGCUGCUCAGGUCCACACAAUGGGUCCCUUCCUUGGUGACAUUCAGCAUCACUUCAAAGAAAAUACUUAUCUCUAGCUGUUCUGGACAAGCCCCAAGCCUGAUCCAGCCUGCCCCAGUCAUCAAGCAUCCUUGUGCAUCUUGCCCAGUCAGCUGGACAUCCACUAUCACAAGUUCCCCUUUUGAAUGCUAAACUGGGGGACCCUUUAGUCCCUUCAGAAUGAAGCACAAAAUUGGGGACACUAGAAAAACUGUUACUUGGAUAUGCCAAAGGGACUCUUACAGGCAGCUGUUCAUAACACCUUAAAAGUAGCUCUGCUUCCUAAGAUUUGUGCACCACAUAGUCCACAAACCUUGGUCAAGUGAGGCUAAUGGUUGUUUGACUAUUAAUGGAAAACUGUAUUCAUGAACCUGGGCAUUGUCAAGGUUAAAUAUCUCCUCACUGCUGCACUGUCAGGGUCUCAGCUGGGUUCAUCCCAGUCGGAAAUUCAAUUUCAUGAACAUCAGUUUUGUUCAUGAGAAAAAUCUCCGGUCACUACCCAGAGACAGGGCAAGGUCAGCCAAUUUUUGAGGCAGCAACUGACCCAAGCACCACAUCUGCUGCUGACCAACCCAUCUGUGGGCAUCUGGCCAGGCACCUCCUUGCAACAUGACCCUCUCUCUGCUCAGGGCUCAGGGGAGUUGGUGGAGUGCUGGAGAGUGGUGUUCUGGAACAUUCCUUCACUUUUACAGAACCUCAGCAGAAUCCUCUGAAGUCCACCAGACCACACCUACCAGGCCAGGUAAGGGUCAAACCACAAAGUGGCUCCACCCUUCCUUAGCCUGGCAUGGUCUCGGAGACUAGAGAUUAUAAAGACCACAGAGUCCCUGGGCCCAGGACAUACCUUUUCUACUUCAGUAACCUACUUCACAGCCCCUGGGUCUGCAGAUCAAAAUAACUCACUUUUCUGGUGUGAAGUCAGAGGUUGACCAGUUGUUUCAAAGUGGAAUGAUAUUUAAUGACAUUAUCCUUUGGUUAAUAGCCAAAAGGAGCUAAAGCUAAAGGAAGAGAAGGUUGGUAUAAAUAUAAAUGAGACUAUUAUUUAUUUUAUUAGUAGCAUAUAAUACUGUCAUCUUUCUUUCUCUGUGUGUUAGACAUUGUUCUCAGUGCUUUACAUACACUUUCUCAUAAAUUUUCAUGAUAAUGAUGAAAAAUCCUAUUAUUAUUGCUGUUCUUACAAAUGUGAAAUGGAAGCCCCUGGGGUUAAGGAGACAUGACCAAAGAAACUCAGCUGUAAGUGAGGGAAUUGGAAUUCAUAUCCAAGGUGGAGUACUUCUCAGUCCACAUUCCCCCCUGCUGCCAGAGUUUCCCAAAGUGUCAGAAUAAGAUACCUUAGUGACAUAAGUGACUUCUCCCAAUUUUGCUCUUCACCCUGUCUUUCUAGCUUCUUUCCAGAAAGAAGAGAGUAUCUGAUGUUCUGGUAUUUUGGUAUUUAAGCAUCCAACAAUGUGUAAGAUAAACAGAAAUCUGUGCAUCCCUAUGGGUCACCCCCUCCUCCAAACCUGGACCAGCUCAUAUCAAAUCUCCUUACAGUGACCUCCCAAAGGCCUAGCCCAGUGCAAGGCAUACAGUGGUGCUCAAUAUGUAUUUGAUGAAGCAAAUAAAUUUGUACAUGUUUCUACUUUUA